AUGAAAUCAGCGGAAGUAAUUCGUACCAAAUUCCUUUCACGUAUCACCGAUUCUCCUAGAAAGCCAGUUUGCCAUGCCCAGUAUUUGAGUACAGCGAGAGCCGGAGAAGCAGUGAUACGUGAAAGGAAUUUGGAGUUCGUCUAUUUAGACGGCGCCAUUCUCGUCAAGUACUGCACGCGUCAUAUUAAUCACCCACUCAGCACUCGUGAUCUUCCCCUUUCAGACACCGACAAAGACAUUAUUGCGGGUUAUUUGCGGCAGGAUAUAGACGAAUAUAUCCUUCUGGACAAAAUUCGAAAAAAAUAUCCUGAUCCUCAAAUAAGACUUCACUGGAUUUGUAGCGACGAUAUCAGGAAUAUUUCGGAAACCUUCCACUACGAAGAAAAGCUGGAAGCGAGAAUCGUCGCUCCUCCUGAAAUCAGCUCGAUUGGCCAAGCGAUAUGCAACCCUGCUUUCGACGAGAAUCCGAUUCCUGCAACAGCGUUACUGGAGGAGUCAUCCAAUUGUGAGGAUAACUGCGAUGAUGGCGUCUCGCUUGGCGUACGUUCAAUGAGCUCCGAAGUCCCAGCUGAAUCAUUGCUUGGAUGCCCUUCUUGCAUUAAGUUAACUGAAAAGGUAGCUGAACUCGAGGCUCUUGUACGGGAACUCAGUGAUAAAAUGAACGAGAGAGAUGAACAGCAGUUAUUCAGCAGCGUUGUGAAAGUGGAGAGGACGUGA